AUGAUAAACCCAAAAUUCUCUAUGUCUCACCGUUAUAUGUUUUUGGCGGUAUUUGCCUUCCUGGCUCUAGUUAAUGUAGCUUCAGGAAGCACAACGGCAUGUUUGCCAGCAGGCGUAAGAAAAAACGGGAUGGAUGUUAACUUCUUCAAGUAUACAUUGAAGGACUCCACCACAUACUCCUACCCAGGAUAUAUGGCUUACGGUUACGCCUCCGGGCAAAAAUUAGGCUCUGUUGGUGGUCAGACAAAAAUUUCGAUUGACUAUAACAUUCCUUGUGUUAGUUCAUCCGGAACUUUUGCUUGCCCUCAAGGAGAUGUUACUACUACGAGAAGAGGCUGGUCGUGCCAACGUAAGGCUUGCUCUAAUAACCAAGGUGUUGCCUACUGGAGUUCAGAUCUGUUUGGUUUCUAUACGACCCCAACAAAUGUAACUCUGGAAAUGACAGGAUACUUUUUACCACCACAGACUGGUACCUACACAUUUAGCUUUGCAACGGUGGAUGAUUCAGCAGUUUUAUCAGUCGGAGGUGAUGUCGCAUUUGAAUGUUGUGCACAAGAACAACCUCCCAUCACUUCAACUAACUUUACAAUCAAUGGUAUCAAACCAUGGSRKGGRAGYYUGCCUCCUAACAUCGAAGGGUCAGUCUACAUGUAUGCURAUUACUACUAUCCUAUGAAAGUUGUUUACUCAAAUGCUGUUUCUUGGGGUACACUYCCAAUUAGUGURRMAUURCCAGAUGGCACUACUGUUAGUGAYGAYUUCGASGGGUAYGUCUAUWCYUUUGAWRAYRACYURKMYCAGSCYAACUGUACCGUUCCAGACCCCCCAAACUAUACCACUACAGGAAUAAUCACCACCACAACAGAACCGUGGACCGGCGCGUAUACAACGACAGACACUCAGACCUCUACUGUUACAGGUC